AGUCCGCUCGCGGGGUCCCUAUUGGCCGCCCGCGGGCAGCCCUCCGCCGGGAAGGCGGUGAGGAGCCGAAGAGCUGCUCCCGAGCGGGAGCGGGAGCGCCCGGCCGAGCAGACGCCGGGGUGGACGCGCGGGAUCCGCACCCCCCCGCUCCCCGCCACUCGUCCCCUCCCUGCGCUCCCGCCGCCGCCCCGCUAGUCUCCGGCGCCCACGGUCGGCCUCCGACAGCUUCGGGAGGACUCGGGCAGCUCCUGGGCGCCCGGGGCUGGAGACUGAUGGAUGAGGGGCCCACGGAGGCGCAGGAGCGGUGGUGAUGGUGUGGGAAGCGGAGCUGAAGUGCGCUGGGCUUUGCUGAGGUGUGACAGUUUAUCAUGACUGUGUUCAGGCAGGAAAACGUGGAUGAUUACUACGACACCGGCGAGGAACUUGGCAGCGGGCAGUUUGCAGUCGUGAAGAAAUGCCGGGAGAAAAGCACCGGUCUACAGUAUGCCGCCAAGUUUAUCAAGAAGAGGAGGGCGAAGUCCAGCCGGCGGGGUGUGAGCCGCGAGGACAUCGAGCGGGAGGUCAGCAUCCUGAAGGAGAUCCAGCACCCCAACGUCAUCACCCUCCAUGAGGUGUAUGAGAACAAGACGGACGUCAUCCUGAUUCUAGAACUAGUGGCAGGUGGUGAGCUGUUUGACUUCUUGGCUGAAAAAGAAUCGUUGACUGAAGAGGAAGCAACCGAGUUUCUCAAACAAAUUCUUAAUGGUGUUUACUACCUGCACUCCCUUCAGAUUGCCCAUUUUGAUCUUAAGCCUGAAAACAUAAUGCUUUUGGAUAGAAAUGUCCCUAAACCUCGGAUCAAGAUCAUUGACUUUGGGUUGGCCCAUAAAAUUGACUUUGGAAAUGAAUUCAAAAACAUAUUUGGGACACCAGAGUUUGUUGCUCCUGAGAUAGUCAACUAUGAACCUCUUGGUCUUGAGGCAGAUAUGUGGAGUAUUGGGGUGAUAACCUAUAUUCUCCUAAGUGGGGCCUCCCCAUUUCUUGGAGACACUAAGCAAGAGACGUUAGCAAAUGUAUCUGCCGUCAACUACGAAUUUGAGGAAGAAUACUUCAGUAAUACCAGUGCCCUAGCCAAAGAUUUCAUAAGAAGACUCCUCGUCAAGGAUCCAAAGAAGAGAAUGACAAUUCAAGAUAGUUUGCAGCAUCCCUGGAUCAAGCCUAAAGAUACCCAACAAGCACUUAGUAGAAAGGCAUCGGCAGUCAACAUGGAGAAGUUCAAGAAGUUCGCAGCCCGGAAAAAGUGGAAACAAUCUGUUCGCUUGAUAUCACUGUGCCAAAGAUUAUCCAGGUCGUUCUUGUCCAGGAGUAACAUGAGUGUUGCCAGAAGCGAUGAUACUCUGGAUGAAGAAGACUCCUUUGUGAUGAAAGCCAUCAUCCAUGCCAUCAAUGAUGACAACGUCCCAGGCCUACAACACCUCCUGGGCUCAUUGUCCAACUAUGAUGUUAACCAACCCAACAAGCAUGGGACACCUCCAUUACUGAUCGCUGCUGGCUGUGGGAAUAUUCAGAUACUACAGUUGCUCAUUAAAAGAGGCUCAAGAAUUGAUGUCCAGGAUAAGGGUGGAUCCAAUGCUGUCUACUGGGCCUCUCGGCAUGGCCACGUGGACACCCUGAAAUUUCUCAAUGAGAACAAAUGCCCUUUGGAUAUUAAAGACAAGUCUGGAGAGACAGCCCUUCACGUGGCGGCUCGCUAUGGUCACGCUGAUGUGGUUCAGUUACUCUGCAGUUUUGGCUCUAAUCCCAAUUUCCAGGACAAGGAAGAAGAAACCCCCCUGCACUGUGCUGCCUGGCACGGCUAUUACUCUGUGGCCAAAGCCCUUUGUGAAGCCGGCUGCAAUGUGAACAUUAAGAACCGAGAAGGAGAGACUCCCCUCCUGACAGCCUCUGCCAGGGGCUACCACGACAUUGUGGAGUGUCUGUCUGAACAUGGAGCCGACCUUAAUGCCUCCGACAAGGAUGGACACAUCGCUCUUCAUCUUGCCGUGAGACGGUGUCAGAUGGAGGUCAUCCAGGCUCUCAUCAGCCAGGGGUGUUCCAUCGACUUCCAAGACAGGCAUGGCAACACCCCCCUCCACGUGGCCUGCAAAGAUGGCAACGUGCCCAUUGUGGUGGCCCUCUGUGAAGCCAGCUGCAAUUUGGAUCUCUCCAACAAGUAUGGACGAACGCCUCUGCACCUUGCAGCCAACAACGGGAUUCUGGACGUGGUCCGCUACCUCUGUCUGGCGGGCGCCAACGUGGAGGCGCUGACCUCGGAUGGGAAGACAGCAGAAGAGCUGGCUAAAUCAGAACAGCAUGAGCAUGUAGCAGGUCUGCUUGCAAGGCUCCGAAAGGAAACGCACCGAGGACUCUUCAUCCAGCAGCUGCGGCCCACACAGAACCUCCAGUCCAGGAUCAAACUGAAGCUGUUCGGCCACUCAGGCUCGGGGAAGACCACCCUGGUGGAGUCUCUCAAGUGUGGGCUGCUGAGAAGCUUCUUCCGAAGACGCCGGCCCAGACUGUCCUCUGCUGGCUCCACGAGGUUCCCGCCCUCACCCCUGGCAUCCAAGCCAGCAGGAUCCGUGAGCAUCAGCAACCUGUACCCGGGCUGCGAGCACGUGAGCGUCAGGAGUCGCAGCAUGAUGUUUGAGCCGGGCCUCACCAGGGGGACCCUGGAGGUGGUGGUGGCCCCGCCCCAGUACCCUCACUGUGCAGCCGAUGACCAGUCCACCAAGGCCAUCGACAUCCAGAAUGCCUAUCUGAAUGGAGUUGGUGAUUUCAGUGUGUGGGAGUUCUCUGGAAAUCCUGUAUACUUCUGCUGUUAUGACUAUUUUGCUGCAAAUGAUCCCACGUCCAUCCACGUCAUCGUUUUCAGUCUGGAAGAGCCCUAUGAGAUCCAGUUGAACCAAGUGAUUUUCUGGCUGAAUUUCUUGAAGUCUCUUGUGCCUGUUGAAGAACCCAUAGCCUUUGGCGGGAAGCUGAAGAACCCACUCCACGUUGUGCUGGUGGCCACACACGCUGACAUCAUGAACGUGCCUCGGCCAGCUGGAGGCGAGUUUGGGUACGACAAGGACAUGUCCUUGCUGAAGGAGAUCAGGAACAGGUUUGGGAACGAUCUUCACAUUUCAAAUAAGCUGUUUGUUCUGGAUGCUGGCGCGUCGGGCUCUAAGGACAUGAAGGUACUGCGAAGUCACCUGCAGGACAUUCGGAGUCAGAUUGUCGCGGUCUGCCCUCCGAUGACCCACCUGUGUGAGAAGAUCAUCUCCACGCUGCCUUCCUGGAGGAAGCUCAACGGGCCCAACCAGCUGAUGUCACUGCAGCAGUUCGUGUAUGAUGUGCAAGACCAGCUGAACCCCCUGGCCAGAGAGGGGGACCUCAGGCGCAUAGCCCAGCAGCUCCACAGUGCUGGCGAGAUCAACAUCAUGCAGAGUGAAACGGUCCAGGACGUGUUACUCCUGGACCCCCGCUGGCUCUGCACCAAUGUCCUGGGGAAGCUACUGUCCGUGGAGACCCCUCGGGCCCUGCACCAUUACCGGGGCCGCUACACCGUGGAGGACAUUCAGCGCCUGGUGCCCGACAGUGACGUGGAAGAGCUGUUGCAGAUCCUAGAUGCCAUGGACAUCUGUGCCCGAGACCUGAGCAGCGGGACCAUGGUGGACAUCCCCGCCCUCAUAAAGACAGACAACCUACACCGCUCCUGGACAGAUGAGGAGGAUGAAGGAAGGGUCUACGGGGGCGUGCGCAUCGUCCCUGUGGAACACCUCACCCCCUUCCCAUGCGGCAUCUUUCACAAGGUCCAGGUGAACCUCUGUCGGUGGAUCCACCAGCAGAGUGCCGAGGGAGAUGCAGAUAUCCGCCUGUGGGUGAACGGCUGCAAGAUUGCUAACCGCGGGGCCGAGCUGCUGGUGCUUCUGGUCAAUCACGGCCAGGGCAUUGAGGUGCAGGUGCGAGGGCUGGAGACGGAAAAGAUAAAGUGCUGCCUCCUGCUGGACUCUGUGUGCAGCACCAUGGAGAAUGUCAUGGCCACCACGCUCCCAGGGUUGCUGACGGUGAAGCAUUACCUGAGCCCCCAGCAGCUGAGGGAGCACCACGAACCCGUCAUGAUCUACCAGCCGCGGGACUUCUUCCGGGCGCAGACUUUGAAGGAGACUUCGCUGACUAACACCAUGGGCGGGUACAAGGAAAGUUUCAGCAGCAUCAUGUGCUUUGGGUGUCAUGACGUGUACUCGCAGGCCAGCCUAGGGAUGGACAUCCAUGCAUCAGAUCUCAACCUCCUGACCCGGAGGAAACUGUGUCGUCUGCUGGACCCACCCGACCCCAUGGGGAAGGACUGGUGCCUUCUGGCCAUGAACUUGGGUCUCCCUGACCUUGUGGCAAAGUACAAUACCAAUAAUGGGGCUCCCAAGGAGUUCCUCCCAAGCCCAGUCCAUGCCCUGCUCCGGGAAUGGGCCUCCUACCCCGAGAGCACGGUCGGCAUCCUCAUGUCCAAACUGCGGGAGCUGGGACGUCGGGAUGCGGCAGACUUCCUACUGAAGGCAUCCUCUGUGUUCAAAAUCAACCUCGAUGGCAAUGGCCAGGAGGCCUAUGACUCCAGCUGCAACAGUGGCACAUCUUAUAAUUCCAUCAGCUCCGUCGUGUCCCGGUGAGGGCAGCCUUUGGCUUGGGCGGGUGUCUUUGGACUGCAGAACGGGGGGAUGCAGCCCAUUGUCCCAGCGGAGAUUCAGGGUGCAUCCCUCACUGUGCCUGCAUCCUGAAGGUCCCCGCCCUCCCUCCUGCUUCACCUAUUUCUCUGCCACUACCUCCCUCCUCCCACACAUUCCACUGUGUGUGAACGUUCUUUCUAGUUACAGAGCAGACCACAGCCUGUCCUUUGGCCAAUUGAGAAGCCAAUGUCCCUCCUCCCUGUGUUCUAGAUCCAUCUCUGAUCCUCCAUCGCCUUGCUUCUUAUGGAUAAUUUUACUGGAAUUCCUAACUUCCCAAUGAAAUUUUUUAACUACUGUAUGAAUUGUCCUUAAAAAAAAAAAAAAAGCACAUUAGCCCAAAUGUAUAUUUCUUAUAGUCUUUUUCUUGUUAGACCAUGUCCUCCGCUUAUCUCUCUGAUGUUUGUAGAAAAGACUCCCAUGUAUGGAAUCUCAUGUUUGACUGAUAAAUAGACAACAUGUGAGGCCUUUGCAGAAGAGGGUGUGUUUGAGACCAUUCAGGUCAGCCAGGUGCUGUCGUGAAGGGAAUGCUCCCUCUCUGUCCCCUGCUGUCUGCUGAUUACCGCCUGAGGUGCUUCUCCCGGAGUUGUGGUUUUUCCAGUAAUUUUGUGUUUCAUUUCACAUGGAAAGGAGAGGAAGGAAUCCUCUUCUAGAGUGAUUUCACACACAGUGUUGUUUUCAUGUUAAGACACGUCCUUGCUGCUCUUGUUUAAACGUCAAUGUGCACGUCCACGUGGAACCCGCAAACUGUCCCACUGAUCAUUCCCACUCAUCUCAGGUAGAAGGUGACACAGCUGCAGGAAAGGAAGGUUUUGGGAGGACUCAGCAGAUCCCUGACUCACAAUUGGUGGCAGUCUGCUGUCAUUUGUGCAGAGCACAUGGUUUUCACACGUAGAUCCUGGUUCAAUAACUUCCUAUACUUGAAGUCUUAAAAGAUGAAGGAAGCCAGUUUUCUUGCAGUGAUUUUAAAUUGUGAUGCAAUUUUAAGUUGAAAUGAGGGAACAUGUCCUAAUUCUUCUGUCCUGAGAAGCAUGUAAUUUUAAUGUUACAUUACAUGUGUGUAUAUGUGUAUAUAUAUAUAUAUAUAUGCGCAUUAUGUAUAUACAUAUAUAUUAUUACAGGUAUUUUUACUUAAUCUAUACAAUGUAGUAAAAAGAUGUUGGUUUUUCUUUCCUGUUCUCUUUUUUUCUUUUCUUUUUUUAAAAAUAUAAAUAAACUAUUGCUUGUUGCAUUCGA